AUGACCUUACCAUUGGUUUUUUUCAAAUGUGGCAAACUGUGCUUUAUCAAUUCAACAACAGCAAACAAAUUGAUAUCAUAUAACCUUUUCCAAUCAUCAACAGAAGUGGAUUCGAUAGGACCAACGGGUUCCAAAACACCUGCGUUUGCAAUAAUUGAGUUUAAUUGUCCAAAUUUUGAAAUAGCCAGCUUAACUGCUUUUUCCGAAGUUGACGAGUCAGUGAUGUCACCAACAACAAAGUCAACUCUAUCUGAACCAUAUUUGUUUGUAAGAGCUUCCAAUGGUGCUUGUGUCCUUGCCACAACAACGACUUUUGUAUUAGGGUCUUUCAAAAGCACUUCUGCAAUUGCUUUGCCAAUACCUGAAUAG